AUCCCUUUUCAUGUCCGAGACAGUAGUGUUUAGGGGAAAUGGUGUUUUCUCUCCUCCUCAAGCGAUCCAAAACCCCCAAACCCCUCCCUCUCCCUCUCCCUCUCCCUCUCCCCACGAGAAACCCUAACCCCCUCCGCGCUUCUCCCCGAUCCACAGCGACCUCUCCCCUCGGAUUGAGCAUCGCCUAUGGUGCUGGGGCUCUUUCGGGGACCUGGCGACCCUCCAGAUGCGGCGAAGCUUCGAGGUCGAGCAUCGCUCCUCUUCUCGGGCUCAGAUCGUUCUCUUCUCCGGCGACGACGGCUGCGAUCGCCGAGCCGCCUAGGACCUGCGACGGGCUCACGGUGGACGCCAUUGUAGGGAAGGGGUGGACGAUACUCGACGAGGGCGAGAGCGAUUGGAGGAGCCACGCCGCUGCCAUCGCCCAAUCGGUCCAGGUCAUCAAGAAGCGAUUACAGUGGGGACGGAUGAUUGACAAGUCAAUGCAACUGUCCGCGAUUCUAAACAAGUCGGACCUUUGGGAUGAUCCUGAUUAUGCUGGGAGGAUAAGUCGUGAACAUGGUGAAAUUAUGGGUAAGAUUAAGGGUGUAAACCAGUUUGAACAAGAGUUGGUCGAGCACAUCGAUUUACUGAAGCUAGCACGUGAAGAGAAUGAUAACGAACUCGAAGCGGAAUCUAUGAGAGCUUUACUUGAAAUGAGAAGGAAAGCGAAGGAGAAAGAACUUGAAGCAAUUCUGUCUGGGGACAACGAUUCCUGCUCUUGCUUUAUAGAGGUUCAAGCAGGAGCUGGAGGAACGGAAAGCAUGGAUUGGGCUGCCAUGGUCAUGAACAUGUACAUGAUGUGGGCCCAACGCCGUGGAUUUGCAGUUACUGUUGUUGAAGAAAUGCCUGGUGAGAUAGCAGGAAUCAAGCGUGCAACAAUCAAAGUGCACGGUGAAUAUGCAUUUGGGUAUGCCAAAGCUGAAGUCGGGGUGCAUAGACUAGUGCGAAUUUCUCCUUUUGACAGCGGGAAGCGCCGCCACACAUCAUUUGCUGCUGUUGCCGUAAUACCAAUCCUUGGUAAUGUUUCCACCAAGUAUCAGAUUAAAGAAUCAGAUCUUCGAAUCGAACGGUUUCGCGCCGGUGGAGCUGGUGGUCAGCAUGUCAACACCACAGAAAGUGCAGUUAGGAUUGUACACAUUCCAACAGGAAUCUCUGCCACCUGUCAAAAUGAACGAUCGCAACAUCAAAACAAGGCAUCGGCAAUGGCGGUUCUUCAGUCACGGCUAGACCAGCUUGAGAUUGCCCGUCAAGCCCAAAUGAACGCGGAACACACACAAUCUCUCUCAGAAAUCAGCUGGGGCAACCAAAUAAGAUCCUAUGUGCUCCAUCCGUACCGCAUGGUGAAAGAUCUCCGAACGAACUACGAAGUCUCAGAUCCUGAUUCCGUCCUUGACGGCGACAUCGACGGCCUCAUUUUAAGCUUCUUAUCUGCCUCUUUGGAUAAAAAUGAGGACAGGGCAUGAGAACAGGUUGGUGUGAAUAUAAUGAAGAUAAUUUUUUGUUGUUUUUUUUCCUCUUUUAAUCUAUAUUUUGGUGCAACUCAAUUUUUUUUUUUUUCCUUUUCUACUCCUGUUGUAGAAUAAUAUAUAAAGUAAGUGGCAUCAGCUGAUUCUGUAUUUUCUUAAUUUUCUCUGCCGAGCGUUAGGGAAC